ACAGUUUUUUGUGAAGAAGUCAUGUGUGAGAUGGGUGUGAUUCCUGUGUUGACUGUAAAACCAUCGAGAGCCCUCUUUGAUGAGAAGUUCCAUGUGGUUGUGGGGAACUUACCACCGACACAGGAGGUCACACUACAUUCUUUACAUCAGUCUGAAGACACAGACUACUGGGAGGCGUUUGGGCACUAUGUCAGUGAUGCUCAGGGAAGGAUCACAGUCUUUAAGGAUCCAAGUGUAGGGGGGACAUAUGAGGGUGUUGAGCCCAUGGGUCUGUUGUGGAGCAUGAGACCAAUACCUGGCAGUAGACCGGAACUCAGGUUGAGGAAGAAGGAGGUCCACACUCCCAUGGUGGUGCACAUCUCUGUGUACAGGGGACACAUGAGUCAGGGGUUCAGGGAGCAGGUGGCCCUGGCGAGUGUCGUCACAGAGCGCUGGUACAUGGCCCCCGGAGUCCGCAGGGUUGACAUCACAGAGGGAGGGGUCACAGGGACCCUAUUCCUGCCAUCAGGUCCCGGACCCUUCCCCGGAGUUUUAGACAUGUGGGGAGGUAGUGGCGGGCUGGUGGAAUAUCGAGCGGCUCUCUUGGCAUCCCAGGGCUUUGCUGCCAUGGCGUUAAUUUAUGUCUUCCGAGACCAAAAUAAAAAUUCUACCAUUGGCUACCCUUACUUUGAGACUGCUUUCAGAUUACUGCAGGAUCACCCUCUAGUGGCCGCAGACAGAAUUGCCCUGCUUGGCCUUUCCCUUGGUGUUACAGUGGUUCUGUCCAUCACUGCCUACUCAGAAGCUGUCAAACCCAGAUGUUGUGUGUGCAUCAGUGGCAGCCAUGCUUGUCGAAUUGGAGCUACCCAGUCCAUUGAGGAAACAUCUCAGGGUAUAGACAAAAAAUAUACAAAGGCCCGUACUGAUGAGGAGAAUCGCAUCAUCUGGAGGGACGUUCUUUUACCAAUUCCAGAAGAUAUAGACCUGAAAGUGGAAAUGGGGAGGAUAACAUGUCCUCUGCUGCUGGUUGUUGGACAAGAUGAUCAGAAUUGGGCUGCUGUCGAAUCAGCUGAUGAUGUGAGCUAUGUCCUGUUUGCCUAUGGAAAACAUCAUGCUUCCUAAAUGCAGUUUAAAUACAAGAUAUCAAUUUAUGACAUGAACUAAUUAGCGUUAAACAGAUGAUGGAGAGAGCAGGGAACAGUCACCUGCUGACCACUCUGUCCUACCCUGGAGCUGGUCACCUGAUUGAACCGCCGUAUGGUCCCCACUGCAGGGCUUGUACCUUUGUGUUGCUGCCAGGCCAACAGAGAGUGGUGAUGCUGUGGGGAGGCCUCACCAAACCUCACGCCGUCGCACAGGAAGACUCAUGGGAGAAGAUUCUAGGUUUUCUGCGAGAGCAUCUCUGUCACAGUGUCAAACACCAUGUGCAGUCCAGAUUGUGAGCAUUGUCUUACG